AUGAGCACUGUUGCAGAUGGCAUGGUCGUUUGCCGGUCCUACACGGAAAAAUUUCCUGAUCCGAGCAAUCAUCCGGUUACGGUUGCCUUGUUUGCUGUGCUUUACACAUUCGUGUUUGUGAUCAGCUUUCGCAGGCAAUCUAGGAGUCAUUUACGCCACCGUACGACAUCGAAGUCUCCAGACCGUGCAGAAUAUCUUCAUUGUGAAUUUGGCCGUCAGCGACGUCAUUCUUUGCGUACUGUCCAUUCCCUUAACGCCAGUCACACAUAUCGCCAAACAAUGGUAUUUCGGCUCGAUGUUGUGUCGAGUGGUGGGAGGUAUCCAGGCGAUUGGUCUGUUCAUCGGCACAUUUUCGCUGUGCGCUAUCGCCAUCGACCGGUACUUUCGACUGGUUAUUGCCCCAGGUAUUUUCGUUCCUUCGACGUCGAGCGAAAUCUCGUCUCACUUCAAUCGCUCAACAAGCAAAUCUUCUUUAUGUGGUUGCCGCCAACUGCAGGAGGAGACACUCAACAACACAAAGAGCAGUUGACACAUUUGAUCGAGCAGAAGCGACGAGUAAUGCAGCAACGGCGUCGAGUCACACUGAUCUUGGUGUCGAUGGUGGUGAUCUUUGGUAUCACCUCACUGCCACACAACAUCGUCAGCACUCUGAUGGAAUUCACCGACAGUCAUGAUCUGCUCGCCUACAACGGCAACGACUACACCUACCUCUUGAACCUCAUCACACAC